CGUCAACAUCGGCCGGCGUUGGGGACCACCUCUGUUGCGGCGUCGGUGAACGCUACUGUACCGGACCUGCUGUAACCUUCUCUAGCGGUAUUUUCAAUGAGUCUCGUUGAUGGUUCGCCACUGAACUCAUCAAGCAGUGAUGAUUUUGCCGCAUUUCUGGAUGCAGAGUUGGAUUCCACUUCUGAUACUUCUCCUCGACCAGAAGAAGAAGAAUAUGAUGAUGAUGAUGAUGAUGAUGAUGAUGAUGAUGAUGAUGGCGAUGGUGAUGGUGAUGGUGAUGGUGGUGGCGAUGAUGAUGGCGAUGAUGAUGGUGGUGAUGAUGACGAUGAUGAUGAUGAGACUUAUAAGUCACAUAUUGAAAGGGCAAAGAGGAGGAAGGUCGGUGGAUUGGAAAGUACCAAAGAACCCAAUGGUUCAACAACUCAUAUAGACCAAGCAAAAAUUUUAGAAGCAUCAGUGAAGGUGGAUAUAUGCACACAUCCUGGUUUUAUUGGAGGAAUGUGCAUAAGGUGUGGAGAUAAAAUGGAUAGUCAGUCUGGCGUUGCAUUUGGAUAUAUACACAAGGAUCUGAGACUUGCUAAUGAUGAAAUUGCUCGACUGCGUGAUAGAGAUCUAAAGAAUUUGUUACGCCACAAAAAGCUUUACUUGGUUCUUGAUUUAGACCACACCUUGCUAAACUCAACCCGGUUUUCAGAUGUAACUCAAGAAGAAGGUUAUUUACUGAACCAGGAUGAUCCUAUGCAAGAUAAACUGAGAGGCAGUCUAUUCAAAUUGCCAUUCAUGCACAUGGUGACAAAGUUGAGGCCGUUUGUUCACACUUUCCUGAAAGAAGCAAGCAAUCUGUUUGAAAUGUACAUUUACACCAUGGGCGAGCGUGCUUAUGCGUUAGAAAUGGCGAAUCUGCUUGACCCCGGAAAGGUUUACUUUGACUCUAAAGUGAUUGCUCAAGGUGAUUGCACUCAAAGACAUCAGAAAGGCCUUGAUGUUGUAAUGGGGCAAGAAAGUGCUGUUCUGAUCCUUGAUGAUACAGAACCGGUAUGGGUGAAGCACAAGGAUAAUUUGAUUUUGAUGGAAAGAUAUCAUUUCUUUGCCUCAAGCUGUAAACAAUUUGGCUACAACUUGAAGUCACUUUCUGAACUGAGAAGUGAUGAAAGCGAUGUUGAUGGUGCUCUUGCCACUAUUCUUAAUGUGCUUAAGCGAGUCCACAGUAUGUUUUUUGACCCGGAACUCGGGGAUAAUUUUGCAGGCCGAGAUGCAAGGCAGAUGCUGCAAGCCAUUCGCAGGGAGGUUUUGAAGGGCUGUAAAAUUGUGUUCAGCCGUGUUUUCCCAACAAAAUUCCAAGCCGAAAAUCACCAUCUGUGGGUGAUGGCAGAGCGAUUAGGAGCGACAUGCUCAACGGAGGUUGACCCAUCAGUGACACAUGUCAUUUCCACAGAUGUUGGAACCGAGAAAUCCCGUUGGGCAGUUGAGGAAAAUAAGUUUUUGAUCGAACCACGAUGGUUGGAAGCUGCAAAUUUCCGAUGGCAGAGGCAACCUGAGGAGAAGUUUCCUGUGAAAGAGGUAAAAAAAGACAACCAUUAAUCUCUCUCUCUUGUUGACCAGAUGUUGUAGACCAGAUUAUUAGGUUAAAGUCUUGGAUAGAAAGUUGUGGUUUUUGGUAUAGGUGAUUAGUUAGAGGGACAAGAUCACAAUAUCAUAUGUUUGCAUCCAAAUUGUAUGGUGAAAUGAGAGUUGUCUUGUACAGGAUUUUUGUUGGUCAAACAUAUUUUGAUGCAUUUAAGUAACUUAUGAACAUGUUUUUCUGUU